GCGGGAUAAGAACAGGGCUUUGUUCGCUAUGAGCGACAUUCAGAAGAGCGGCUGGAGCCUGCCACCGGACCCGGACAGUGACAGUGAACUCGACAUACCAACAAGGCCUUACGUCGCCGCCUCCUUGCGUCGUAACAAGAUAUCGAAUCAGCCCCACGCGAUACUCGCUGCUCUACAUGACGAUCGCAACAAAACCGGCAAGUCACUGGGCGUGCAGUCGUUCGGGUAUCACCCCAACAUGGAUGCGUUCCUGAAUAAAGAGCUCAAGGACGCCAUCGCGACAGACGUCGAAGGCCUCACGGAGAAAGUGUUCCCCAGUGAUGCCUUUGCCGUCGCGCCCGACGUUGUGCUCGACGCGCUGAAAGCUGGUCCGACGCCGAUGUAUGCGAACGACCGAUGGGACUGCCCGAACCUCAAGAAGCAGCAUCAGGAGCGCCCAUUCGCCACCUUCCUCGACAACCUGGGCGACGAGAUCAGGGCUAUCUACGCCGAGCACGAGAAGCCGCUUCCGGCUGAAAAGCGAAGGUGGUCGGCCGACUUCUGCGAUACACCUCUGAACGGAGGAGUCGCCUCCAGGAAGCCCGACCUUUCACUCGUCCCCGAGGGACGGGAGGCGGACUGGACGAACCACAUCGCCGACGGUCAGCUGAAGAGCAACGUGCGAGACAAGAGCGACGCCUCCGCUCAGCUGUUCGAUGGCGCGUUGAACACGCUCUCCGCGCAGGACGAGCGACACCAUCACAUCGGCGUCGCGUUCAUCGGCGAACUCUGCUUCAUCAGCUACUGCGACCGUGCUGGCUGCAUUCAAUCGCUGCCGCUCGAUAUACAUGCUGACCCGGAAGGGUUUCUGCGGAUCUUCAUGGGGCUCACGAUUGCUGAUCGAGGGAGGCUGGGUUUCGAUCCUACCAUCAUCCAUGAUGGCGGCAAGCGCUACGUUGUCAUCGACGGGAAGAAAUACGAGCUUGUCAAGAACUUGACUCAGGCGGCCGGCAUUCGGGGGCUUGGGACGGUAGUUUGGCAAGGCGUCGAGGUCAAGGAAUCGGAGAAGGAUGGUGGGGAAAGGGGCGGAGGAGAUGGCGGAGACGGCGAAGGAGGGGGUGGACAGGGCGGCGGAGAGGGUGCAAAGGACGACGCCAAACAGGAACGCGAGUCCGUCGCGAUCAAGAGCGCUUGGGCCGACCGUACUCGCGCGCACAGUGAGGAUUUCUUCCUCGACCGAGCGAACAAAGCUGGCGUGGAGGGUGUUCCGACGCUUGUGGGAUACGAGCGUGUUCGCCACAACGGCCACUUGUUGUCGACGGAGACCAUCCGAGAGGGCUUGACGUACGGCAAAGACUGCAAAGUCGUCUUCGAAGUACGUGACCUCACACGCUUGGUCGUGAAGGAGAUAGGUGUCCCUCUCCACCAGUUCGCAAGCAAGACCGAGUUCUUGUCCGCCAUCCGCGAUAUCGUCUACGCGCAUGAUGGACUUUACAAUAAGGCGAAUACGCUGCACUGCGACAUCAAUGACAAGAAUGUGUUGCUGAGGGUCAUCGCCGGCGCCGCACCCGAAACGCUUCGUAGGGGGCUACUCAUUGAUGAGAAUUACAGUACUGCACUCGACGAGAAACGCGAAGGAGCGUCGAGUGCACUUCGCAGCUGUGGCCCGCUAUUCGCUGCUUCAGACAUACUCAUGUGGCCUGACCGCUUCGCGCCGGAACUUCGACAUGACCUGGAAUCGCUCUUAUGCCUCGUCAUUUGGACAUGCGUUUGCUUUGCCGGCCCAAGCGGUCGUCUACGCGUGUCCGAUAUGAAGGAGUCAAAGAUAUACGGAUGGCUACAGAUGGAGGAGUCCUACGCUGGCGCAAACAAGGCCGCAGUGCUCAAUCUGAGGCCGAAGGACAAAGACAUGUUCCGCGAUUUCAUGAAGGAGACAUUCCAUCCAUACUGGGACGAUGUCCAGAAGUGUGUCUAUGACCUUCGGCGGGUAAUCAUGCGCGACGACCCUCCGCCAACACAUAUGGAGGUCAUCAAGGUGCUCGACAAGCAUAUCCCCAGAAUCAAGCUUCGUGAAGAGAAAGCCCCCGAGGCGCACCAUCCUGCAACGGCGGCUAAGAAGCGCGGUCGAAUACGUGGCGUCGGAGGGGCCUCUGGCAGUCAGGCGGACGGCGCGGAAGAGGCCUCGGAGCUACGUAAGACAGGAAGGAAACGCGCGCGGGUGAGUGAAGGCAGCAACUCGCCAUACUUUGAAGAGGACUGCACCCCGUGUGGCAAGAAGGCUUUGAAAGGCGAGCGCGUCGUGGAGUGCAGGAAUCCGAAAUGUCGAGUCUUAUACCACGAACGUUGCGCGCCAUUGAAAGAAGGGCAGAGCUACACCACUUGGCUAUGCUGGAAGUGCGUAGACUCUGGGUUUAAGCUUCCGAAGAAGCAGAAGGCUAAAGCACCUGCACCGUCAUGAAGAACCGUGCGGUCGCAGUACUGCACUGUCUUGGGUAUAUCACUGCCCUACAUACUACCUACCGAUGUUCCUCUCGAAAGUAUAUUGGCAUGUAUUGGAUCUCCCCGACGUGCGAAAGUAGUCGAAUUACACAAGACGGUGGAAUGCGUCCGCUGUGGAUCGAUUGAAUACUUCGGUUGUCUAUCACAUCGCAUUUCACAU